AUGUCUGAUCAAUUUAAGGGCCAGGAUGAAUUGGAAAGGUCGGUUUAUAUGCCCAGUUUAUAUGUAACCAUAUUUGUGGCAGGGCCUGGCAAUUCUUUGGUCAUUGUGGCAAAGGUCCUUUAUGAGAAGCUGAAGAGUAUGACAGAUUUCUACAUGUUGAAUCUGGCGAUUGCUGACUUCAGGCUACUUUGCACCCUGCCGCUCUGGGCAGUAGAUGCAUAUUAUGGAUGGGCUUUUGGAACUUUUAUGUGCAAAGUUGUAAAUUGUAUGUACACUGUAAACUUCUAUAAAUUUCUAUUAAGUGAAAAAAGUGCUGGAGAAACUGGUAAAGCUGUAUGCCAUAUGAACUAUCCACCUAAUUCAGACAUCAUCAAAGUAGGGGUCUACGUAACACAGAUGGUGAUGGGAUUUCUGAUACCCUUUGUGACAAUGAUCAUUUGCUACAUGAUCAUUGCAAACAAACUGCUCCAUGCCAAGGGCUUUCAGAAAGGUAAAUCAUUAAAGAUUAUAGUUGUAGUUGUAAUUGUUUUCAUGAUUUAUGAACUCCCAUUCAAUGUUGCAAUGGCAAAUCUAAAGUAUGCAUUUGUUAAAACAGAGAGCAUUGCCUUUGUUCACUGCUGUCUUAAUCCUAUUCUGUAUGUAUUUAUUGGAGUGAAGUUCAGAAACAAUUUUUGGAAGAUUUUAAAAGAUAUUGGAUGCAUCGGUCAAAAACAACCUUGUGUAUCUGAAAACUAG